AGGAUCUGCGUGGGUCAGCAUGAUCCCCCUCAGCGACGCGAUCAAGAUGGACAAUCUGGCGAUCCUUAGAUACUUGGUCGAGGAGGUAAAGGUCGAGACCUUGAACCUCCAGGUCGAGGGGUACUCGCCCGUCCAGCUGGCCGUGAUCUGGGGCAAGCCGGAGAUCCUGGUGUACCUGCUGUCGCGAGGCGGCGACCCGCUGCUGGGCUCGGAGUAUUCCGCGGCGGACAUGGCGCGGAUGCGCCAGCAGCGGCUCCGCGAGGCUCACGCGAACUCGGGCGACGGCGCGGAGUUCGAGGGCUUCUCCAUCACGAGGAGAGAGAUCGAGCCUCUCCUGGAGGAGGGCCAGGUCAUCCUGGAGGUGAUGGAGGGCGUCGAGGCGCAGGGGUCGUUCCAGGCGUGGGCGGAGAGGAAUGGGAGGCACCCGCUGGUGCGGCGGUUCUCGGAGGGCGUGGUCUGCUCCGAGCCGCGCUACCAGCUCCUCGUCGCCCGCGAGCUGGUCGCCACCCAGCGCGCGACGCUGCUGUCGCUCCCCGAGCGCGCGGCGCUGGAGGCGGAGGCGGCCGCACUCGAGGCAGCGAGGGCCAAGGAGGAGCAGCCCCUGGCGGACGUGCUGGUGGAGGCGGGCUUCACCUCGAGCGCUGCGAAGGAGCUGCGCGACGCGUUCCGCAUCCCAACGCUGAAGAAGCUGCGGGACAGCAGGCCGUCGCCGGAGGACCCGCGGCCAAG